AUGAGGCACACUCGUAUCUUCAGCUUGCGAGAUCAGUUGCAAAACAUGAAAAAGGCCUCCAAGACAGUUGCUACUUACCUACAAGAGAUUAGAUCAAUUGAUGAUCAUCUCAAAGUAGCAGGCUCUCCAGUGGCUGAUGAUGAACUAGCAGUCAAGAUCUUAAGUGGCCAAGGUCAUGAGUAUCGUGAAAUCAUUGCCGCUAUAAAAAUGUGUGACACAUCCUUAAGCUUUAAGGAGCUAUUUCAAAAACUCACCGACCAUGAAAUCUUUCUCAAACAUCAAGAUAUUGACAAAUCAUUCUCCAUCAUCAAGGCUACAGUUGCACAAAGGACCAACUUUCAGCCCCAACAUCAGAAGAAUAAUCGAAGCUUUCCCAAUCAAUCUUUGAAACCACAAGCUCCACAACAAGCGUACCCUAGCAAUCAACAAAAUGGGAGACAACACAUGCAAGCGGUGAAAUGUCAACUUUGCCAAAAGAUCAGUCACAUAGCUGAUGUGUGUCACUCAAAAUCGCACAAUCACUUUGAAGCUAAGGUCAACUUUGUGUCGAAUCAUCACCCAAAUGCAAAUCAUUGGAUCCUUGAUUCUGGAGCAACCCAUCAUGUCACAACAGAUUCAGAUAAUCUUGAAGAAUAUACUAGCAAUAAGGAAGUGUCCAUGGGUGACGGUAAAACUAUUCCCAAUACUCACACUGGUUUAACUCAAAUUAAGGCUUCUAACACUAAUCUCAUGCUCUGA